AUGUAUUAUCCGCCGCUAGGACCACCACCGUGGGAUGGUCCUCCCCAACAACCUCCCCCGCAAUGGCAUCCGCCGCAGCCCUACCAGCCUCCGCCAUCGCCAUAUCACUGGCCCCCUCAUUCGCCCUACCCGCCACCGGGGCACCCUCCGAGUCCCUAUGCUCCUGGUGGCUAUUCCCCUCCGGCUCAUGCACGACCACCUCCAUCCCCGUACGGCCAUCCGCCUUCGCCGCAGCCGCCACCUCCCCAACAGUAUCUAGGCGCUCCUCGCUAUGGUAUGCUCCUCCCCUCAAGUGGCGCAGGCAAGACUAACAGGAUCAUCCCAGAACCUCCCCGGACCUCAUCACCAAAACUACCGCCGCGCCCGCCCCAGGGGUACCAACACUUUGGGGUGGGGGCGCCAUCCAAUUACCAGUUCCAGUAUUCGCUCUGUACGGGCCGCCGCAAGGCUCUGCUAAUUGGCAUCAACUACUUUGGACAGCCUAAUUCGCUGCACGGAUGCAUCAACGACGUCACCAACAUGUCAACAUUCCUCAACCAGCGCUUCGGAUAUCGCCGGGAGGACAUGGUUAUCCUCACCGACGACCAGCGCAAUCCCAUGAGCAUCCCGACCAAGGCCAACAUCAUCCGUGCCAUGCAGUGGUUGGUCCGGGAUGCACAGCCGCAUGACUCGCUCUUUAUCCACUUUUCUGGCCACGGCGGUCGCACGCCAGACCUGGACGGCGACGAAGACGACGGGUACGACGAUGUGAUCUACCCGGUCGACUACCGCGUGGCCGGCCACAUUGUGGACGACGAUAUGCAUGCGAUUAUGGUUCGCCCGUUGCGGCCUGGUGUGCGGCUAACGGCUAUCUUUGACUCCUGUCACUCCGGCACGGCGUUGGACCUUCCGUACAUCUACUCCACACAGGGAGUACUAAAGGAGCCAAACCUGGCCAAGGAGGCCGCCCAGGACCUCUUCAGUGUGCUGACCUCAUACGGACAGGGUGAUCUGUCUAGUGUCGCGUCGACGGCCAUUGGCUUUUUCAAGAAAGCCGCCAACGGCGGAUCUGCACGCGAGCGCACUCUCCAGACCAAGACCUCGCCGGCCGAUGUAGUGAUGUUUUCGGGGUCCAAGGACACCCAGACGUCGGCGGAUACGUUUCAGGAAGGACAGGCGCGGGGCGCCUUGAGCUGGGCGUUUAUCAAAUCGCUGCAGCAGUGGCCACAGCAGAGCUACUUACAACUGUUGAACACCAUCCGAUCAGAGCUCGAUGGAAAAUACACCCAGAAGCCGCAGCUGAGCUGCAGCCAUCCACUUGACACCAACCUGCGCUUUGUGAUGUAA